GUCCCAGUGUGUCAAGUCUCUGCAGCAGAGAUCCAUGAGUACGUCUGGUCAGGCCGUCUGGGCUUGUGUCCGUCUGGUGUCAUGAUUGCAAAGCAAAGCAGCGACAUACCUCCAGGCGCCUGGAAAUCAUGUAUCUGAGCAACAGAAAUAACGGCAUCAACACAGAGAGGAAAAAGAGGAGCAUGAGAGGCAAAUCAUGGACUCACUUGAAGACGUCUCCACGUCAGGAGGACAUCAUCAACCUGAAAACCCACAACGUGGGAGGGAAAGUGGAAACAAAGGAGAACAUGUUGGAGGAGCAGGAGAAGACGCAGCGCACUGUGUAUGAGAAGGCCUUCUACGAUCUGACCCAUUCGGAGAAAGUGAUGAAUGACCUGACUUUUGGACGGCGGGUGGGGCUUUACGAGCUGAGAGGGGAGAUCGGCUCCGGAAACUUCUCCCAGGUUAAAUUGGGGAUACACGACCUGACCAAAGAGAGAGUGGCAGUAAAAGUCUUGGAUAAAGUGCGUCUGGACAAGCGAUCGCAGGCGCUUUUCCCCUCUGAAAUCUAUUGCAUGGAGAAGAUGGCUCACCCCAACAUAGUGCGCCUGUACGAGGUGGUGGAGACGUUCAAGCGGCUCUACCUGGUGAUGGAGUAUGCCAGCGGAGGAGAGCUGUUCUCCCGCAUCAGCACCAGGGGGCGCCUGUCGGACCUGGAGAGCAAGCUUGUGUUCUCUCAGGUCCUGUCUGCACUCAGGCACAUGCAUGAUAACAACAUCGUGCACAGGGACCUGAAGGCUGAGAACGUCUUCUACACCAACACCUACUGCAUUAAAGUGGGCGACUUUGGUUUCAGCACCUCCUGCCACCCCCUCGAUGUCCUACACACCUUCUGUGGCUCUCCGCCUUAUGCAGCCCCCGAGCUCUUCAAAGAGAGGGGUUACAUUGGGCAGUACGCAGAUAUCUGGGCGCUGGGUAUCUUGCUGUACUUCAUGGUGACUGCCUCCAUGCCAUUUAAAGCUACCAACACAGGCAGGCUCAAAUGUUGUAUCCUGCAGGGCUCCUAUGAAAUCCCCCCUUAUGUACCUGUAUCAUGCCAGGAGAUCAUUAAGGGCCUCCUGAGGCCGGUUCCUGUGGAUCGCCUCACUCUGGCAGACAUCAUAGAUAGUGACUGGAUGAGAGGUAUUGAAUACCCCCAGGCCUAUCCAUCCUGUAGCCCUACACCCCACCACCUGGUCGAGCCUUCCCACAUCCUCAGCUCAGAUGAGCUGAGCGUGAAGGCAGCGCUGGAGGACCUCGGCAUUAACAAGGUCCAGCUCCUGAACAACGGCGUGGACUUGAGGAGCCCCGUCACUGGAACUUACCGGAUUUUGCUACACCGCAUCCAGAAGAGGAGGUCUGUGGAAGCCGUGGGCUACAGCCAGUUGUAUAGCAGGGGGUCUCACAACAGACUCACAGCGAGAGCAGGGUCCGAUGGCCUGCUGAGCAAACGACACUCUGCGGUCUGUAUCGUCAUGUAAUCUAGCCUCUUAA